AGUGAAAUAUCUGGCUCAUGGUUCUAGCUGUGGUUGAGAUAUUUACCGCGGAAGAAUAUUUUAAGAAAAAAUAUAUAAAAUUAAAAGACAAACGCAGUAGAAACGGGAUAGCUUGGAGAACGAUAUUAUAAAAUGUCUUCGUCAAAGACAUCUUGGCUUUUGGGGACCUUGUUAAUAUCAAUACUUUGUUUUGUUUCUUGGAAACAUUCAAUAAUCGAUGUGAGAGGUGCCUUUCUAUUGGUGGGGCGAGGUCUGUUGCUGUUGGGCCUGUCUACCUUGAUGCUGUCAUAUUUUUAUCCACGCCUGAGGUCUUUGUUCUCUUCCAACACCCGAUCAACAUCUGAAUAUUCUGAAGAUGAGGAGGCAAAACAAAGACAAAAGCAGGCAAGGGAGGAGCUGCAGGAGAAACACAGUGAGAAGGCCUUCUCUUAUCAGGAGUCAGUGCUGAGGCCUCGUCAGGAGUCUUCUAUGAGGAAGAAAGAAGAGCGAUUCUACCGCAUGACGGGAGAGGCCUGGAAGCUGACUGAAGGAGAACAACUUGGGGAAGGAGAAUCGUUAGGGCAGAGAGCCCAGGAGGAUGUUGAUGGGACACCCAAUCAGGAGGCAGUAAGAAGGAGGAAACUGCCAGAGAGUGCCACCAGACUCCACCCCAAACUUGAGGUCCCUCCCCAAAAAAGGGUGGUUGUUUUACCUGAGGAGCCAGCAGAGGAUGCUGAAGGGGUUGUACGGGUGGCUUUGAGAUGCCCAAGUGGAAGAACAAUUCACAGAAGAUUCCUGAAAUCCGACAGCUCCUCGGUUCUUUUGGACUGGUUGCUGAAAACAGGAUAUCACCCUGCAAUCUACACAUUAUGCACCACCUACCCCAGACAACCCUUGGUCAUUGGGAAAGACAUAAGCAUGGGGGAUGCAGGCAUUUUAACACACACAGUAUUAAAUGUGGAAGUGAAAGAUCCCUCCACAACCUAAGGAAAAAGCAUCAGUUCCAUGCCAUUUGAAAAUAAAAAUAUGGGCAACUGGUUGCUGGAUCAUAGGUUUUCAGAACAGCAAAUCCUUCAACUCUUUCAGACAAGGGAACAAAGCUAUAAACUAUGUCCAUAUUGCAUGGAUUUUCUUAAUGUCAGAACCAAGUAUACAACCAGUGCACUCCUUUCAUGUUCAGUUGUAUGAAUUACUGUUUCCCAAAUUAUAUUGCUACACAAACACAUGUGGACAAUGUCGAGUUCUGGUGAUAAAUUGUUGGGUUGUUAUACCAGAAGUUAUAUGGUGGGGUCAAUGGAGGUUGAUUAAGAGCCAGGAAUGUUACUAAGGGAAAAGGUUGUGGAAUGGGAGCAGAGGUCAGGUCACAUGAAGGAACAGUAUUACCCACAUCAACUUCCUGCCUAGCAACAAAGAUGUUUUGAGGAGACUGCCUAAAGGGGGUAUAAAUACUUGGGUGUUAACAUGCAUUUUUCUCAGCCAUUGUGUGAAUAAACUUGGUUCGAGUUUUUCCUA